UAAACCUUCGAGGGUGAGACGCACGGUGUAAUGAGAUGAGAAAGAGAAAAAGCAACAUACACGAAGACAGGAGAGACAGUAUGCAUGUUAUGCAUUUCAUAUUGACAAAAGGUAACGGUCCAAUCCGGCUACAGCGGUAUCUUUGGAAGAAGUCGGAAAAAGUUGGCCGAACAAGGAGUUUUUUUUCUUAUUACUUCGAGGCUAGAGCAGAUCAUCCUCAGCACGCUUGUCUCAGAUUCGCCCGCCAUUCGACAUGGUACAACGUGCACGCGACAUCCGCGCCAACUUUUAGUUCACGGGCCUAUUUGAGACACGCACCGUCGACGAAAAACUCGACGCCUGUUACACAAAAAGAUCUUUGCAUGGAGGCCAAUCAUUGCUGCUACUUGCAGUUUUAUUGGAUGUAGACCUGAAAUACCCUGAGGUGAGAGGAUCAGAAGCUAUCCAGAUGACUUCUUAAUUCCCAUGGCUGAUAAAGAGAAGCAGGGUGCAAUGGUGCUUAAUGAAGAGGGCAUGACUGCCCCUACACUUGCACCUCCCACUACCUCUGCACCUUCCCUCUUUGUUGUCCUCAAACAGUUGCAUCCUGGUGAAGGUACAAAUGACAAGAGCAGUCUGUUGGCAAUUGAUGCAAAUAAUAUGAUGAAAUCUACCAUCAGCUCGGCUGUAAUGGGCAUCCAUGCAACAUCAUCCACAUCACUUUUAGACACCAACAGCACCACACAGCCAGAGAACUUUCCAGCAGAUACUAAAUGUAAGGGCAUCACAGUUACAUUGGACAACAAUAGUAUGUGGAAUGAGUUCUAUAGGUGCCAGACUGAGAUGAUUCUGACCAAGCAAGGUCGCAGAAUGUUCCCCUGUUGCCGCUUUCGUCUCUCUGGGAUGGAACCCUUCCAGAGUUAUUUGCUGGCAAUGGAUAUUGUUCCAGUUGAUAACCACAGAUACAAAUGGAGUGGGAAAGGAUGGGAAACGAAUGGGAAAGGUGACCCUCAUGUUUCACGUUUGUUUGUACACCCACAGUCCCCUGCUACUGGCUUACACUGGAUGCAGUACCCCGUUUCAUUUUAUAGACUAAAGGUUUGCAAUAACACCUUGGACCAGGAUGGCCAUAUUAUUUUGCAUUCAAUGCACCGGUACCUUCCUCGACUUCAUGUCAUACCUGCAGACAAAGCCUCUGAAGACAUUCAAAUUGACAGACCUGAUGUUAUAACUCUUAGUUUUUCUCAGACCGAGUUCUUUGCAGUCACCUCCUACCAAAACCUAGGAAUCACUCAACUCAAAAUUGAUUACAACCCUUUUGCCAAAGGUUUCAGGGAGGAUGCCGUCAGUUCCCAAUCUUCUAAGGCUAAGAAUGGAAUAUCCAAAAAGGAAUCGGAGAACGACCUCAAGCCAAGUAGGGAGACAACAACUUUGAAUAAUUUGAAAACUCUAUUCAUGAAGAGAAAUGCUGCUGUAAAGGUCAAGGAUCAGAAUGUACCCAGCCUGACAAAUGUGGAAAAGAAAGAUGUUAACGGUGAUUCUCCCAUUGUAAACAGAGAUGUUAAAAGUUUGUGUGGCAAGAAGUGCCCUUUGCCAGUGACAUUUUCAGACUUCAUUAGACAUGCUCAUGUGAAAAUCAAAAGGUUAUCGCUUGAAAAUAUCCAGCAAAAUGGUGGCAUCCUGCACUCAGCCACAUCUUGCACAAGUGGAAAAAAGGAGGUGAUGGAGAUAUCAUCCAAAUCAGACAAUUUAUUACAAGUUGCUCGUAAAGAGGAAACUGUGAUAGGUGACAGUACUAGAUCUAAAAGCUCAGACACACCCUCAAAUAUAGAAUUGUUAAAAACUGAUGAAAAUAAACCUGUAAUAAAUGAAUGCAAAGGUGUUGAGUUUACAUUGCUAUCCAGUCACCAGAAAGCACCAAAACUGAAUGAAAAUGGAAAAGAGAAGGAUACACUUUCUUCUCUGGGCAUUGAGGCCAAGCCUGAAGCAAAACCGAAGAAAACCUUGCCCCUACCACUCCUUGCACAGUUUCUCAAACAGAGGAAGUCUAAAACAAGACCUGCCACCCCAAAACUUGAAGGUUUUAGCUUUUCUUCAGACUCUGAAAAGUCCUCUAAACCUGUCUCAACUCCUGAAAGCCCAUCUGACUUGAUGUCUUCCACCUCUUCUGAUGCUACUUGGUUAAAUUCACAUAAAGUAUUUACAUCAUUAUCCCAGACUGUUACAGUAUCAAUAACAGAAGCAAAUGAAAUGGCAUCUCUGUCCACUGUUCUCUUAUCCUCCUCAUCAGCUGUAGUCCCAACCAUACCGACUGAAACACAAAUACCUGAAAUAUUUUCACCUGCCAAUAAUCCAUUUUGUGCCCCCAACACUACCUCUCUCCCCAAACAUAAAUCUGACCCAGCACCUGACAGUAUCUCUGAUGUGUUCUAUAAUGUUGAUACUAUUUCUGAGCAAGGUAUUGACAACCCACUUGGGUCUCAGUCAGACAUUUUAUCUUCCCUCAUGUGUAACACAUUACAUGACACUCAUUCACACACUACACCUGAAGUUAACACUGACUUUAUCACACCAGAAACCUCCUCUAUCACCACAUCUUACUCUGUUUUUGAAGUUCCAUCUAUUACCAAUAAUGAAGUUAGUACUGAUGUUUUUAAUAACCAGGAACAUGCCUUAAUGCCUCAAGUUGUUGAGAAUGAAUCUGUUUCUGAUUGCCUCCUGAACAGUCCCAUGGGCUCUUGUCCUGAGCUUUUUUCCCAGGAAGUUCCUCCUGACACUUUAUCCACACAUGAGGAAUCCCUUUCCCUGCCAUUGAAUGACCCAUGUUCCCCAGCCUUCUCCUUACCCAGCCCAGCUCCUUCAUCUCCUGACCCUUUUCCACCAGAUCUAUUCUGUGACAGACCAGUACCUCCUAGAAAGACCCUUGAUUCAUUCCCAGAACGACUAUUGGAUUGCACAGGUCAUGCCUCUACUGACCUUUUCCAGCUAGGUCUAUAUUGUGACAGGCAUGUACAUCCUAGAAAGUCCCUUGAUUCAGUUCCGGAAAGACCACUGGAUGGACCAAUAUCUUUAAUAGAAUCAUUGUCACCAAGCCUCCACUACUUGUCCAGACAGCCUAGAGAAUCAAAUGACUUGUUCUCUCAAAGUCUUUGCACUGAUAGAUCAGGUCCUUUUAAUGACUUGCAGUCAGCUGUUAAUUGUAAUAGCAGUGAGAUCACUGUUUCGGAUCCCAUUGUUCCUGAGCCAACUAAACAAUCCUCUUAUGGAAAGACUUUCAGGAAAUCCAAGACAAAGCAGAAAAAAGUUGGAAAGAUGAAGCUAAUUGAAGAUGAUGAGGUGUUUAAAGGACCUGUACCUGUCCCAAUGCAGCCUAGCCUGGAGGAUGUAGAAGGCCAAUUAUUUGUCUCCUUCAUGUCAAAGGAAGCUCUUGAGAUUCACCUUGGAGAUGAUGCCAAAACGGGGGUGACACAAACAACACCAGAGAAUACAGUUGGUGAAAGCAGUGAAAAUAUUGAGGAAAAGAUUGUGAAGCUAGAGAAGGCCCUUUUACAUGAUCUGAAAAUCAUGAAGUUCAGACAGGUCAUUCAUCCAGUGCUGCAAGAAGUUGGAUUGAAGUUGAAUCUACUUGACCACUCCCUGGAAAUUGACCUGCAAUAUUUGGGUGUGCAAUUACCCAUACCCCCACCUGAUCUCUUACCUGAAGGAAGUUCAGCAUCAUCUCAGGUCCAGUUUGUUUCAAGGACAGGGAAGACCACAGACUUAACCAAAAUUAAAGGUUGGAGAGAGAAAUUUGCUGGCUCAGGAUCCCUGCAUGAAGUGGCACCGAGCAUAGAUGCAGAGCAGAAGAAUCUUUCUGCAUUCUGUAGUGACAUGUUGGAUGAGUACCUGGCCAGUGAGGGCAAGCUGAUUGAUGAACGAGCUGCCAACUUGUCCCAGACUGUCACCACACCUGUAGCAUACCAGCUACCCACUAAGAGCACUAGCUAUGUCCGUACCCUGGAUAGUGUACUUAAGAAACAAGUCCCUCCCUCUUCAUCCUCCACAUCUAAACUGUCUCCAGUAUCUGAUAAAGUAAAGCCAACAUCCAAGCUCAAAGCCCAGGCUAAAAAAUCUAAGAGUUCUGGUACAGGAAAUCAAACUCUUAGUACAACAAAACCAGUCAGCAGUGCUGACAAACCUGCUAUGAGUGUGAAAAAGCAGCUACAAAGCAAGAGAUCCAUAAAUAUGGUGAAAUUAAAGAGUUUGAGUGCUGAAAGGUGUGUUGCACAAAUGACUGCAAUCGUAACUUCUGAUGAGACUUCCAUGGUUGAGGUCUCUGGCAUCACAGCAGCAAGCUCCUCAGGUGAACCCAGUCCAGGCUUGCCCAAGACUCUGGUAAAGCUGAUGGAUGUGGAAGAUGGAGCAGUAUGGGAAGGCAAGCACUGGACUUUUAUCACAGAAGAGAGAGCGGCCAUCGCAUUAGCCACUCUUGUCACUGCUGAGGGUGUAACGAAAGGAAACCCUGAUGCCAUCAGAAUUAUAAAACGACGUGCACCACCUUGCCUCAAUGUCUUCUGCAGGCUUGGCUGUGUCUGUGCCAGUCUGGUUCACAUAAGGCGCCAUCAUCAUUGCGGCAAACCACAAUGUAUGUUGGGCUGUAGCUGUCUGCGAUGCAAAGUUAUUGCAUUAAAGACCCCCAAACAGGAAGAAAUUUCAACAGAGGAGCCUGAAAUUCAGGGAGGAUCAGAUGAUAAGGAUAAGUGGAAGAAAAAUAUAAAGAGAAAAACAUAUGUUCUGACAGAUCCUGAGGCAGCACCUGAGCCCACAAAGCGUGUGAAGACAUUAUGGGAUAAUAAAAGCAAAGAUUCUGAUUCAGAAGUUCUUUUCUCCCCUCCUCCUCCGAGAUCCCCUUCUCCUGUACUCUUGUCUCGAGAGCUGCAACACGAUCUCGAAAGCUUUUUGAGUCCCUUAAAACAGAAAAGGGUGGGAGAAGGAAAUCUGAAUAUGACAAAGGACCUUAUGUACACCAGUCCAACUUGUGCUCGUGUGCGACCGUUUCUUUGGAGGUGUGAGGGUAAACAAAAAACGGUUGACCAACACUACAUCUCACAGGUCUCUACACCAAAUAUUGAGGAGGGUGAGCUUGUACCUCUUAAUUUGUCUGGCCCUUCCAAGCAGCUUGAGAUCGUAUCCAAGUGCAUUUGGGCCAGUAAAGACAGCAGAAAUUAUGUUAUGCGGAUAGUAUGUGAGCAUAUGGCUCAGGAUAAUUUAAAGCACCCUUUCUGGAUUGGCAAAUACUAUAUCCAGCCAAUCUCCAAGACCUUAGAAGAGGAGGGUUCUGCCUACAUAUACAAAGUAAACAUCUCUCAACCUGUGGAGAAGAAAAAGCAAGAUGAGAAAGUUGCACAAAAUAAAGCAGAGUUGAAAAAGCCUGUUGAGAAGAAUGAGGUGAAAGGUCUGCCCUUCCUGUCCAGGUGUUCUCCUGCAGGCUUGCUCAAAGCCAAGACAAAAGCACCUGAUGCCCCAGGCCAAAUUAUGGUCAAUGGAAAGCCAUACCCACAAGCCAAGCUAGAGCUUGGUCAGAUGGGGGCUUUGCACCCUGCCAAUAGACUGGCAGCUUACAUCACAGGGAGAAUAUGUCCAGUCAGUCAGUCUGGAUCUGAAAUAGUAACCACAGCGACCACUACAAAGACCUCUACCACAUCAGUUCCGGUCACUAGUGUGGUCACAGUUACCGGCACAUUAUCUUCUACAACCGCAUCAUCUGUCGAGCCUGUAGUGACCAAGCCCCCAGUGGGAAAGGUCUUCACCCAGUUUGUGAUCAACAACAUCAACUCUCAAAAUGUGCCCAGCAAUAGCACUCCUCAUAUACAGCCUUCUGCUUCAAAUAUUGUCAUCCCUUCCAAUCUGUUGAUGGUUGGCAGAGAGGCUGGAGCUUCAGGGGUGGCUCUUCCUCCUCCAAAAGCAGACUUGGCUGUUCAAGUGUUUGAACCGUCAAACACCACCAGUUUUCCCACUGAAUCAAAUGUCCAAUCCCCUGCCAUCACCAACCUCACUAAAUCGCUCAGCCUGCCUCUGGGUGGGUCAAGUUUAACCCCUACAACCGUCUCUUCCUCUGGAUCUGCCACUUCUGGGAAAAAGACUGUUUUGAUCACAGUUAUGUCCCGUAAUGCAGGGCUCCCCAACAAUGGUCCGCAGCCUCCAAGGCCCAUCACUCAGUUUCGCCCCCAACAGACACCGGGCCAAAAGAUGCUGCUUCAGGUUGUGAAGACAACAGAUGGCAAAACAUUGUACCGUGAUGCCAGUGGUCAACUCGUUCAAUUGGUGCCUUUAAGUCUGAUCAAAGCCAUCAAGCCCAGCCUCCUUUCUCAAAGCCCAACAACCCUUUUCCGUUUGACUGGGCGUAAUGUAGUCCAUCUAAAUAGUCCUCAGGCUGGCAGCACCACCAUAGUCACGUCAUCCAGCCCAGCAACUCGGACAAAGUCUACUGUCACUGUGCCAGUCUCUACAUCUUUAUCUAUGACUGGCAAGCCAGUCACUAUUACUGCAUCCAAGUCAGUCUCUUUCAGCAGCCUUCCUUCUACCCAUAAAGUUGCCCCAAGUUUUCUGGGACAGUCUGGCACUAGUACAUUAAGAAUUCUCCUGCCAAAAACUGACAAAGACACCAUAACUCCAACUUCUUCCCCUAGCUUCUCACAGGGUGGCUUCACAUUGCUUACAAGUUCAAUGGCACAGAACCAAGACUCCACAAAGUCUGAGACCACAGUUUCUGUGAACUCUUUUUCAACAAAGGGGCCAAUCAGUCAGGUUGAAGGAUCACUUGACUCAAAUAAGCAACCUGAGAUAGUUCCUGAUCAACAGAAUCGCUUUGACCAUUCCAACAUAUCUGAACAAAUUGCAGAAAAAAAUGUGACACAGCCUCCAUCUUCUGCCUCCUCUUCUAAAAAACCCAGACAGUUAUCUGGAGAUGGUUCUAACCCUGCACAUAUGGAGCAGGCUGAAGCUGGUAAAAGAGCUAAUUCCAAAGUGAAUGAGAUGGAGUUUGACACUGCACCAGAUCACGAAGGGAAAGAUGUAAAUUCAGAAGAAACAGAAAUAACUGACGACUCUGCAUAUAGUUUGAGUGAUUCUAUUAAAGCAGAUGGGACUGAGGAUAAGGAUGGUUUGGACUAUGAGAUAAAAGAUUAUGUUGAGGUGGAGGUUGAUUUUGAGACAACUGAAGAGACUGUCAAGAAAAACAAUAUCGCACAAAUGAGGGUAUUGGCAAAAAGGCAAAAUCAGUAUCAAAGUCGCCGGAAACGCAUUCUUGAUGUCAAGCAGCAAAAGAGGAUAUUGGUGCGCUCGGAACAAGAGAGAAACAGGCGCUUCUCAAUUGCAGAAUGCUUUUUUAAACUUCAGGCAACACUCAAAAAGCCUUCAAAGAAUGUUAAAGGCUCUAAGAAGAGCAUCCUCACCCUGGCUAAAAAAGAGAUUGAGUCACUAAUUAAGCAGGAAGACAAGUUAGUGAAAAAAAGAGUGAAGCUAAGAAUUAAGAAAGAGCGUUACAUUAAGACCCUAUCCCUAUUGUCUGACAAGAGUACAGCGUUCAUCAAUCAGAUGCUUAAUGAAGUUAUUGCUAAACAAAAAGCUCUGGAGGCCCAAGAUAAAGCAAAAGAGAUGGAGUCCCAGUUUAAGCAAACAACUUCCAAACCUGCACCCAAACCUAAACUAGCUGAUCUCAGUAGUAAACUGAAAAGUUUAACGGUCCAAAACAAAGUGAAACCCACCCAGUCUCCCACCAGACCAAUGGACUUAAGUGUUAAGAAACAAAAAAGCCUAGAAAAGUCUGGAAGUAUAAAAGGGGCUGUUUCCAAGUCUGCACCGUCAGCCUUGAAACCUAUAGACCUUGAUAGUUGCAAAAACACAGCUAAAACUCAGGAUAAAGAGCAAGGUAUCAUGUCUAAACCUACUCAGCCAACCUUUAAUCCCACUACACCAAAGAAACCUGUUCCUGUCCCAAGUGCUAUACAACAUUCUUUAAUUCCUCGAGAGAAAACGCGGCCAAACAUUCUGUCUCGCUCUUCAUCCAAGACGAUACCAGUAUCACCUGUCAAAGAGCCAAGAAGAGAGCCUGUGUGUGUUCCCCAAGUAAUACCUUUGAUGAAUACAAUGGUUCCAUGCAAUCAAGUCACAACCAUAAACAACCCAUUUCAACCCAUUGUAAUCACCUCAGUAGAGGGACAGCAACCACUCAUACCAGGGGUAGCAUCUGUAUCCAUAUCAGUUCCUGCAAUAUCUCACCCAAUUAGAGUGGAAAAUCCCCUUCCAGUGUUGCAGCCUCAGCUUUUUAAACUUAAAAACAGCCCUGUUAAGAUAAACACACAACUGGAAUCUGCCAACAUUCCAAAGAUUGCCAAUGUUAUUUCUCUGGUCCCACCAGUGGAGAAUUUGGUAAUACUACAGCAAGGUGUGACUGAAAAGGAAAACACUACACCUGUUGUUCAGGAACAUCCUAUUUCUAUCCCUGCACCUGUGGAGAAUCAGCAGAAACUCUCGGAUGAUCAAAUUCCAGUUUUGGAGGAAAGUGAAAUUGUGGAUGAGCCUCAACAUCAGGAUGUACACAAGCCGCCUGUUAGAGGAGAUGAGGUCCAUACACCCAUUACCUUAUCCAAUCUAAAUGAAUUGGAUGGAGAAGAUAAUGAUGACAGCAAUGAUACAGAGGAUGAAAAUCUCAUGUCUUUAUUAGAUGAUCUUGUUCUCCUCAGUCAGCAGCUAAGUGAUGAUCCCACCGAACCACUGAAUGAAAAUCCUAGAAUUAUAGUUCCAGGUGGGCUUGGCUCACUUACUGACAAUGAAGAUCCAAGAAUUAUGAUUUCAGGCGAGGUUGGCACAUGUACUAAAAAGCAGACAAAUAAAGACAAGGAUGAUGAUCAUGCCCUUAGCCCCUUGUUCCUAACAGUGGAUGAAGAUAUGAUGUCACCAGAUAACUCUAAAGAUGAAAUAGAUAUCCCACCCAAAGUGGAUGACUUGGUCAAAGUUAUCUUUGGGUCAGAAUUGCCUUCUGUUUCAUCAGAAUCUGGGACUGCAACAUCAACAUGUGUUCAAAAUGCUCAAAGUCCACCUGUCCCAUUAUGCAACGUUAAAAGUGAUGCUCCUACUCCGCCCCCUCUGUUACACAUGAAAGCUGCAUUUGGGGCUGCAUCGAGUUACUCUGCCAAUGAAGGGGCCAAUGUGGCAUGGCGGCCUAUGCCUAAACUGGUUCCUCUAGGUUUAAAGACUCAAGAUCCUGUUCUGAAUAAAGCGACUGGCUCCUCAGUUCUUAACCCAGACUCAAAGGUGCAAGGUGUUCAUAGCCCACAUAUGUGGUCUACCAAUCAAUGAGUCAAGUAUAGCUGCUGCUCACUUUAAUGUUUACGUAUAAAAUAGGAGGGUUUUUUUAUGUAUUUAUUUUUUUGAUUGCAGUGCAAGUCCUGCUGCAGCAGGUACCACCUGUUGUGCCUCUGGUAUAUCCAAAGAAGUUUUUUAUUAUUAUUUGAUUACUGAAGCAACCUACUUGACCAGCAAGAUAUUUCAGUUUGAUUUUGCUGUUGAAUUUGUAUAGCCAUUUAGAGAAGGGCUGUUUGAAUACAGAUAUUUAUUUUUUGUGGCAAAUGUUGUUAACUCUGGAAGAAGCUGUGAACUCUUCCUAACCUCCAUAUUGGAGCAUGUUGUCUCUUUCCUCAUCGGAGUUAAUUUAAAGAAGAAAAAAAAGAGGGGCUACUUGAUAUUUAAAUGUAGGAUUUGUUUCUCCCUCAGCGCAUAGUGGUACGAAACUAUGAGGGCGAAGCUGUUCCUAAUUGUUUAUGCUGUGGAUUUUGUGGGAUCAUUUUUCUGGGUGACCUUUUCAGGAAUAACUGAAUUUGCCCAGUGACUUUUAACAGUUGAGUUAACCUGUGAACCCUUGAUCUACUAAUGAUAUUAUGCAGAUGUCUUUGCCUUUGCGUCUAGCGGAAACUUGGACCACUUUCUAUUAUACCCAUUACAUUAAUGCAUGUUUUAACACUGUUAAGGCAAUAAUAGUUGUAAGUCUGUGUUCUUGUUACAGAAAAGCUGGCUUAUAAACAUAACACUUAUAUCAUACAUUGAGUGCCUUGGUCCUUCUAUAUGCUUUUUAGAAUGUAGAAAAUGUGUAUUACACUAAAUACUAAAAUGCUAACAGCAUAGGAAUAGAAGGAUAUAGUGCAUCCUCUUUGAUUUUACUAAGUUUUACAUUUGUCAUACUGCAGUUUUGUUUUUUCUGUUUGUUUUCAAAGUAGUCUAUGCAGUUUGAUUUUUGUCAGAAUGUGACGUUUGAAAAUGUUCAGCUCAAUUGUGGAAUGCCUACUAUAGUUUCCUAGUUUUUUUGCUUUAUAUAUUAAACUGAUAUUUGAAGUGCAGGGUUUGUAUGCUUUAGAUUUUAUUCACAGCAGCGAUAUCUUUGAUUUUUGAUGGGAAUGACAAUGAGGCUUUGAGGGAUAGAUGAACAGUCUCCAAUGGGUUAUACUGCAGUUUAAGUGUUAAGUGGAUCGUUACGCGGGCAGUAUACAAAAAAACUCUAGAAAACAUGAGUUGUAGAAAAUCAGAUGGGAUCUAGGAGCUUUAUACCGUGCGUACCAUUGAAGAGAAGGCAGGCCAAUCCCUCUUAGCCUUAUUUUCAUUCCCAUUAAAAAUGGUGGUGCUGCACUUCCUUAUAGUGUCCGAUGAGGUAGUUGUCAGCAGGGGAUCCCUCAGUUUGACUUGAAGAAAUGUAGUAAUCACUAUGCAAUUCCACUUUGGAUUUAGAAUUGAGCACAAACACUUCAUAGGAAAAUCACAAGGCUUGAUAACUCAAAAUGCAAUGUGCCAUUGUUCCCGUGUGGUGUAUCUAUUUUAAGCUAGACUGGAUUAUUGUGUAAAUAAGUUUUUUGUUAAAUGUCUGUUUACUGGUCAAUGUGUGACAUAUUUCUUGGAGAUUGUAAAUAUGUAAAAUGUACUAUUUGUAGACUUCCAAACUGUCUGUUUAAAAACAUAUUUUUAUAUGCUAUAAAUCAGUGCUCUCUCACCUUCAUUGUGAAAGAGAUAAGACAUCCAUUCAAGUCAAUAAAUAUGUGCUCAAGUCUCAAGGGAACGUUUUUAAAUAUUUCCAUUCAUGAUUCUGAUAUAACAUUCAAAAAGAUAUAACCUAAAAAGAUAAAAGUUUAUUAGUUCAAUUACA